AUGAUGGCAAAGCUGGAAGAUGGCAGUAGGGAGACUGGUCAUGGCGGUCACGUCAUCGUCAGCGCUGAUCUGCAAGGAUGUAUCAAAAUUAUGUUGAACAGACCGAAAUGCGCUAAAUCGGUUCGUUUGACCGGAGUUAAUGCUCAGUGCUUACGAGACUUCCUACAGCGCGGUGCAGCUCACUUGCAAACGGUUCGUUCGCCUCAUUGGUGUAUUGAAACUGAAUGCUGCUUUGUUGGACGUCUCAAUCCAUUUCACCGGCGAGUUUCCGUUUGGUUUAAAUGA